AUGUCGGACGACGGCGCUAUGCCUGCACAACACUUCGUCAAGCUCCUCUUCGCGACGUACCCGGCCGCGACCGCGCAGCUCCUGGCGUCGGAGGACAAGGCUUUCUUCCUCGCCAUCUCACAACGCCCGGGCCAGAAGCCGGUCCCUUUCAUUCCUGUUCUCGAGGUGUCGUUCGAGAGGGAUUUCGUGGGCAGCCGAGGACAUCGAGGCCGCCUUCGACGAGAACCCCAGCGUGCGUGCACCCUCCGGGGCCCUGUGGCGGCGAAACAUGCUGCGAAGAAGGACGAGCCGGUCAAGGAGGUGCUCGACAACAUCGCCGCGUUCCUCGCCGACAGGUUGGCGCAGCGCCUCUACGGCGGCGGCCUCAGUCGCAUUCCGACCGCCGACCAUCUCAGUGUUAGGGCCUCCCCUCUCCCGGAGAAUGUCACCGGUUCACUUGGCGUCGAACGCUCUGUUGAGGCCGAUAAGAACGCCUGCUCCGUUGGGUGCACGUCGCCCGAGGCGUCGACUUGGCUUGAGAUGCUCGCAGGCCCUCGUCAGCAGCAUUGGCUGAGUGCACUCCUUACGUCAACGACCGUGCAGGGUGCAUCGCACGUCGACAACCCGAUGCGUCGCCUCUUCGUUCCUCGUCGGAGCCAGAUGGUCGUCAUGACCUUGGACGGCGAGACGCCUGUGACCGUCGCCCUCUAUGGCGCGGCUUGUUCGCACGGCCAGCACAAGUCCGAACUCAAGGUUGCCGUGGUUAGAUAUGAUUCGGCAUCUCAGGCGAUCGACGUCACACUGUUCGAGGAUCGCCGCGACGUCUCUGUCCCUCUUCAAGCUUAA